AUGUCCAUUCGGGGCAGCCAGGACCCAAAGGGUCUGUACCAGACCCUGGGAGUGGAAUCCAGUGCCAGUGAAACUGACAUCAGGAAAGCGUACAGGCGGCUGGCCUUGAAAUUCCACCCAGACAAAAACGACAGUGAGGAUGCGACUGCCGAGUUCCAAAAGAUUGCCAGCGCCUAUGAGGUGCUCUCAGACUCAGAGCGUCGUGCCAUGUACGACACUACAGGUUGUGUUGACAGUGAGGAGUUGGAUGACGACGAGGGCUUCCUGCGAGCUGCGAACUUGUUCACGGCUUUUUUUGGUGGUGGAAAUGCGCAGGAUCUGGAUGAGGAGGAGCAGGUUCUCAUCGAUGAGCUCUUGAAGAUGACAGGGAGUUUCGGCUUCAAGGACGCACGUGGCCGACGGCGCAAGGGUCGCCGGAAAAAGGCUGGCGUGUCGAUUGAGGAGGCCUUCAUGGCGGCAAUGACAGGCAUGCAGCCCUUCGAAGCAACCUGCCCAUCAGGGCACACUCUAAAGAGAAAGAAAGCCGAUGGAGGCUAUGAAUGUGACAUAUGCGGCAAAGAUAUUCCUGACGGGAAGCGACUUUUUGAUUGCCGCAAAUGCGACUUCAGCAUGUGCAUUCCGUGCCAUAAGAAGGCAGAAAGCAGCGCGAUGGAGGAGCAGGAGGAAGACACUGAUGCAGAGGUCUUCGAAGCCUUCUGCGAAGCAAAUCUGCAUCCUGAGCGCCAGGGUGGCCGGCUUCGGUUUCGAUGCUCCCUCUGCAAUGAGAUGAUGGAUUCGCAAGCGGAGGCUGCAGUUCACUUGGCGGAACGCCACGCAGCAGAGCUGGAGGCGGUGGGAGAUGAAGUUCGCUCUGAACUUCGAAAUGGCUAUGGGACCUCUUCCUCCGCAGGAGGGAUGGCCGAUGGUUACGAGGCCCUCCUCCUGGGAGCGACGCUGGAGGGCAUGAUGGGCGGAUUCGGUGACUUGCCCCCGCCCAAGGCCGGCUGCAAAACAGGAGUGCUCAAAGCAAGGCAGAUGUGCGCCUUGCUUUCAUGGGUGGAAGCAGAUGGGGUCUGUGAUGAUGCAGGCUAUGGACGCAAGGGGAAAGGCGGCGUGCCUACCGAGCUGACCAAGCCAUGCAUUUGGCUGGGCGGUCUUCCCCGAGACAUCACGGAGAGCGAGGUGGACAGCGUCUGUUGCAGGUAUGGUGCUGUCGCAGACGUCAACAUCAAGCAUUCAGACAGGGACACCUUCGUUUUCGUCACCUACUCGCGCUUGGAACAUGCGCAGGAUGCCAUCCAGGGACUUGACCAAAGCAAGUCCUUUGGAUCUGGUGUCAUCAAGGCGGCUCCGGCGACGCGACGCUUCGAGGGCAAGGGUGCUACGAGUGACAAGCCGCGAGCCUCUGAUCGAUCUGAGCGGCCUGAUCGCUGGGACGAGGCCAGACGAGACGACGAUCGACGUGGUUCCCGCGCUGCUGACGAAGAGCGACGAGAUGGAAAGGGCAGAGACAAGGGAGGGCGUGACAAUCGUGACAGGGACUGGACUUCAAGCGACCGCCGUGAUGGUGACCGUCGUCGCGAAGAUCCAUACCCUAGCCGAGGGGAGAGAGACCGAGACGAUCGCGGCAGAUAUGAUGAUCGUGAUCGAGGUAACAACAAGGCUGCGGACUACUACGAUCGCGGCAAAGACGAAGGAAAGGGCCGAGGCUCUCAACGAGGUUAUGCUUACGAGGACCGCGGUAUCAACGAUGGUGGGCGAGGCUACGAUCGGCGUGACGACUAUGAUCGACGUCGUGCCUACGAGGAUGUGCCGCGAAGAGACGAGCGAGACCGACCGGAGAGGCCGGAGCGGCCGGAGCGGCCGGAGAGGCCGGAGAGGCCGGAGAGGCCGGAGAGGCAGGAGCGGCCAGAGAGGCCGGAGAGGCAGGAGCGGCCGGAGAGGGGGCCGCCUCGAGGUGGCAAAGGUGCCCGUGAUGACGGCAUGCGCUCUAGAGCAGAGCGCACAAGUCAUCGUGGCGACAGUAGGGACGGCCGACAAGGCCGACAGUACCGCGCGGACUUGGGUCGGAGAGAUGAUCGAGGUCUCCGGGAAGAUCCCCCUCGCAGUGCUGGAGGGCGGGAUGCUCGAGAUGUCGGUCCCCGACAUGACAGGGAUCCUGUUCCAGAGCGGCGUGCAGCCUACAGAGCGGCUGGUCCACCCAGGGGGGAUGAUGUUGGUAGACGAGCCUCACGCUCACCUCGCAGAGCCCCAGUCCAAGAUCGUGGAGCCAGCAUUCGGGUGAACAUCUCGCAACUCCCUUACGACAUGGAGGAGACAGAGCUGAAGGACACUGCCUCUGCGUAUGGGAAGGUGCUGGCACUGAGAUUGUUCGGUGAAGCAAAUAAGCCAAAGCGUGGUUGGGUUGAAUAUGCGACCCGGCGAGAAGCUGAAUUUGCUGUUGCCGAACUGGAUGCGAGGUGGAGCCAUCGAGAUAUUUAUUCCAUGGCUGUUGUAUUCUUCAGCUGCCUCUGUAUAGCCGUAUACCUUGACAUGACGAAGUACGUGGCAAGUGGCAGACACCACCACAAGCUUCGGGGGUUGACACGGACGUUUGAUUUGGCUGGAUAA